AUGGAUACUCCCAGUGAUUCUGUCCACAGUACAGGACACAGCCUCUUCGGACACUGGAAGACUGUCUUCAAAGGGCGAAAAAUGGACAAAGAUACACCUCUCAUUGCUCCGAAAUCAAGCACAUCAGUCAUCACCGCAAAUCCGGACGCAAAAUGCGGCCCUGCCAAUUCCAAAUAUGACAUUUCCCAACCCAGCAACCACAACACGAAGGGGUUCUGGCAGAUGGAGUACGAGGGGUUAACAGAGAGCAACCCGAACAGUAUAACAAUAGUUGAGGCAACAAAGGCGCAGUACAAGGAAAAAAAGAGAAUAGAUAGCAUUGGGGCCACAGCCGAUUGGAUGUUAAACGCAGUGCUGUCUUUACAGGAUGUUGUCAAUAAAAUUACAAAAUUUGAUCCAACUAGAUACGCUCCCAGUGCUUGGGCGAUAAUAUCCCUUGGAUUAACGUAA